UUUUCAAAAACUAAAUAUUGUUUCCUCACAGGAAAAGUUAAAUUAUUCCGAAUUUGAGGAAAAUAAUUGCAGAAUGGCAGCGCAAAAAGAAGCGGAACGCUCUGCUUCUUCUGUAACAAACGACCAAGACGAGGAUGACUACGGACCGAUAUUGAUUGGUAAACUUGAGGUAAAUGGAAUCACUGCACAAGACAUCAAAAAACUUGCGGAGGCCGGUUUUCACACGGUCGAGGCAGUUGCAUUCGCCCCGAAAAAGCAGUUAAUUGCGAUUAAGGGUAUUUCCGAGGCCAAAGCUGAUAAAAUAUUGUUGGAAGCAACAAAACUGGUUCCGAUGGGUUUCACGACGGCAACCGAUUAUCAUCAGAAACGCUCGGAAAUCAUUCAACUGACCACGGGUUCAAAAGAACUCGAUAAACUGCUGGGUGGUGGAAUUGAAACUGGAAGUAUAACGGAAAUGUUUGGGGAGUUCAGAACAGGUAAAACUCAACUCUGUCACACGCUUGCAGUCACAUGCCAGCUUCCGGUUAGUCAGAAUGGUGGUGAAGGGAAAUGUUUAUACAUCGAUACUGAGGGUACAUUCAGACCGGAGCGUCUACUAGCCGUUGCUGAACGGUACAAACUAGUCGGGGCGGAUGUGCUUGAUAAUGUCGCGUACGCUCGUGCCUACAAUUCCGAUCAUCAGAUGCAGCUACUGAUUCAAGCGUCUGCUAUGAUGGCUGAAUCCCGAUACGCUCUGGUUAUCGUUGACAGUGCCACAGCACUAUUUCGAACGGAUUAUAGCGGCCGGGGUGAACUCAAUGCCCGACAGGUUAGUUUGGGCAAAUUUCUGCGAAUGCUUCUCCGGUUGGCGGAUGAGUUCGGCGUGGCCGUGGUCAUCACCAAUCAAGUGGUAGCUCAAGUUGACGCAUCGGCCAUGUUCACACCCGAUCCCAAGAAACCGAUAGGGGGACACAUCAUUGCACACGCCUCCACAACUCGCCUGUACCUGAGAAAGGGAAGGGGAGACACCAGAAUAUGCAAAAUUUAUGAUUCGCCCUGCCUACCGGAAAGCGAAGCCAUGUACGCCAUCAACGCGGAUGGGAUUGGAGACGUGAAGGAAUGAUCGGUGUCGGAGUAUUUGAGGCCGCACGAAAAGAGCGACUUUGUUUGCGUGAUUUAACAUGUUAUUUAUAGUCUGAAUUUCAGGGAGAAAUAAUCUGAUUACAAGCUUAUGUUUUGCAAACUUUUUAGUUUUUUUCACUAUUUAAGUAAAUAGUUGUAACGCAUAGGGGCUGGAGUCGAUUGGGAGACUUAUUAUCUUUCUCCGGAUAUGACCAAUAUAGCUAAUAUAACGUUUCAUUUUGGAAAAAAAUAGGGAAGUUCUUAUUCGUUACGCGAUAGUAUUUUAAAAUUUUCUUUAGUUUCUACAAAUAAGCACCCAUAUUCUGUAUUUCUAUCGAGUGAUGCUUUUGUAUGCAAGACUCGAACUCGAUCGGGCUACAGAAUGCAUAAUUUCGUAUUCGAUCGGCACAAUCCGAUUCGAACGAAAUACGAACGGAAUAUUUAUCGACUGAUUUAAUAAAAAGGAUUUUUAAACUCCCGAAUAGUACACCUAUUAAGUCGUAUCAUAAUAUCUUAGUCAAAUCUUGACCGAUUUGUACAAGAUUAAGUCUGUUUGCUAAGCCGGCUGUCGCAUAGGUUAACCCUUAUGUUAAACUCUCAUGAGAGUUUGUGCAACAAUCGGUCAAUUAAUCGAUUGAUCCGUCUUCCGAUUGUACCGACGAAACCCUACUAAGUCGGUGGGAUAAUCGAGAGGAUUUUCUACGGGGUUAUACUAACAAAUAUCCUUCUCCUGCGACACUUGUGCAGAGCACAGUUGUAUAUAGGGCCUCUAGUAAAAACAAGUGUUGGAUUAACAUCCCUCCUCAUUUUUAGUCGAUCUACGUUCGGGCCUGGCCGACACCGGUUCUGAUCAAGGAACUCUAAGGUUACCGGAAGAUGUACAUUGAAUGAUGAUUUGCCAGCCCCAGCUCUGAUCAUCUACGAAUUCUCUGUACAAUUUCAGCUAAUCCCGAUCAGUAACGGAGUUGCAACCAGGGGUGGUCGCUCAAAUUUUAGCUCACUAUUUAAGUAAAUCGUUGUAAUGCACGACAUAUUACUCAAAACAUUGCGCAGUUAAUUUCUGGUUGCUUUCAUGUUUAUACUAGCAAUAGAAACUGAUGCAGACCUAACAAGCGUAAGCAAAGACGGUGACCCUACCCUCAUAUAUCUGCUGCAUAUGAGGUGGUAUAGUUUUUGUUGAGAAAAAAUAAAAGUUUCCAGUGCCAUUGGAUUUUAAAAUUAAACAAGCAAAAUAACAAAUAAUCUCAAACAUUUUGCAUUACAACUUAAGCUUGUACCAGGACUGAUGGUUUAAAGUUAGAUGUAUGUACGAUGUUUGAAAGUGUGAUUGAUUCGAACGUAAACAGUAAUACGAAUUUGACAUACUUUCGAACGUAUCGCAUACGGCCGUAAACAAGAAUGAGGGAAAACAAUGUGACAUUUAUAUGAAAUUCAUAUAGAAUCUAGAGGUAACGAUGUAUUCUAUCGUUUAGGUGUGCAUUUCAGAGAAAUGUAGCUCGAUUUCCACUAAAUAUCAACAGUUUUGACACUCAUUUUAUGAGUUAAGUGUAUAUUCUCAUGAAUGAUGCUAGGGUACAAAUCAGUUUCGGUGUACUAAGCGCUUCAGAUACAUGUGUGACCAAGAUUCUUCUGUAUAUACAGAUUACUGAAUUUUUGCAAGAAACACAGAUUUUUGAUAGCGUGAAUUAAAAAUUGAAGGAUGAUAAAGAUAAAUAUAUACAAUAUAAUGGUACUGUUUUUUUCUCGAAGCCAAAACAUUAUCCUGAUUCUGUGUUAAUUCUGGAAAGAGGAUAAAACUUUCAUAAAAGAGAAUAUCAAGGACAGAUGUCCUCAUGCAGUGAACACAGAUGUUCCUUAUGCUUUCAAAAAUGGCUUCUGAUAAGAUGGAAAGAAGAUGGUUGCGGUUAUAGCGUAAGGUAGUAAAAGAAAAAGAUUUCCAAUUGCAUUAUACCUAAUUAACGAAAGCGAAAAUAAUCAGACUAAGUUCUCACUUUCAGCUUAUAUUUUAAAAGAUUGUCAUCAAAUCAUCAUUUUGAGAGGCUCAAGCACAACUUCCAGCGUUUUUCCAACUACAGCAUAAUUAAAUUCAGACCAAGAAAAGUUUGGUAUCUUUAAAUUUGGAUUCUAAAGACUUUUUUAUUCGGUUGUGCUUCGAUUUCUUAUCACUUCCAUAUAGAGAUUUUCAAUGGAGGCUUCUGAUCCCCUGAUACAGAUUUACAGAUUUUUCUUCCAAAAAAUGCAGAUUUAAAUGUGGCAACCCUGGCUGUUAAUGUCUCCGCACAGUACGAAAUCUACUCAGGCAAAAUGAUCUUCGAAAGUCAUAAGAACGAAUUAUGACUUUCAGAUAUACGGAUUAUAAAUGUAUUCCAAAAAUUAGUCUUAUGAUAGAGAGGGGAGAAUCUUCAAGACUUCAACACUAGAAAAUCAUGAAAUUCACGAGUUUUUGAAUCAAUCUCAUUUGUCACGUUUUAUGAUAAUCAUUUAUAUCCAGCCAUGAGACCUAAAGAAAGUAGACAGAUAUUUUACAAGAAAGUUUAUUUUGUGUUCUAAUAAACUUCCAACUAAAUUAACUUCAAAUUAUUUGAACGACUUUCAAAUGCACUGGAAGUUUCUGGUCAAGACUGAUAUCUAUUAUUUAAUAUUGCUAUGGAAUGUGCGAGAAGAAGAGCAGUAAUCGACAGGAGCGUAACAAGACCCAGUGCAAAUGAUUUUUGAAAAAGACAAAGAGCAGCACAACGAGUAAAGUCGAUCGAGGAGGGAUCCUGAAGUAGUAAAGGUGCCAUGAGUGACUGACGAUGAAUGGUCAUCGACCGUGUUAUUUGGAGAUGUGUACAUGUGCGAAAAAAGGAUUUCCUUGGACUAGACGCUAAGUAGAUGAAGAAAAACUCCAUUCGACAUAGUUUGGAUGUGAUAUAUGAAUAAAUAAUGCAUAAGACAACUCAUGUACUAUACAACUAAUAUGGUUAUAAAUUC